AUCUGUUUCCUGCGUCCUGGUACCUGAGGGCUCUGCGGCCCCUGCCAGCGAACCGGAGCUGAGCAUUGUACCCAGGAUCAUCAAUGGGGAGGAAGCUCGUCCUGGCUCCUGGCCCUGGCAUGUGUCUCUGCAGGAAACAUGACUUGGUUGUGGCUGGACAGUAUGACCGACAGUCUCAGGAUAACAUCCAGAUCCUGAAGAUUGCCAAGAUUUUUAUACACCCACACUACAAUCCGCUCAAUAACUACGCCGACCUCGCUCUGCUGAAGCUGACGUCCCAGGCUGACUUCCACCUCACCGUCGUGUCCCCUGUUCUCCUGCCCAGUGUUGAUGACAAGUUCCAUGUCCGGUCCUCGUGCAGAGUCAUGGGCUGGGGGGUUACCCGCUUUAACCGCACCAUCAUGCCCAUCAAGCUGCAGGAGGCCACUGUGUACCUCCAGACCAAUGAGGUGUGCAGGAAGUACUGGGGCCCUAACCUCCCACAAGAAAUGAUCUGUGUCGGGGCCAAGGGCAUCAGCCCUUACGACGGUGACUCUGGUGGCUCACUGGUCUGUAUGAAGUAUGGAGUCUGGACCUUGGUGGGCAUCCUGACCUGUGUUGAUGAAACCAGACCCACUGACGUUCCUGUGGUGGCUGUUCGAAUCCCUAAAUUCAUACCCUGGAUUGAGGAUAUUGUGGCUCACAACUGA